UGAAAUCCCAGUUGUACACUGCGCUCUGAGUAUAAAACUAGUACUCAGCCACGUGAGCGAACCGGCUCCAUAUCCAUCUCCGCUUUGCUGUCCGUCCUCGGCCCACGCCCGAAUCCAGAAGGAAUCCCCCACUGCGCGCGCGGGCACCCCGCACCUCCAAUGGCGGCCGCCUCGCUCAAGCUCGCCUCCCCCAAGCCCCUCGCCCCCGCGCCAUCCCCGCUCCUACGCGGGCGGGGCGCGGCGCAGGCGCGGCCCCUCCCUGCGCGCCGCGUCCCGCUGCCCCCCCGCGUCGCCGUGCAGCACCACGACGCGCCGGCCGCCGCCCCGCGCAUCGGCUCCUUCGACAAGGUGCUGGAGGCGCUGAUCGCCGGGACCGACUUCUCGGAGGAGGACGCGGAGGCCACGCUGCGGCUGCUGCUGGAGGAGAAGGACGAGGCGCGCAUCGCCGCCUUCCUCGUCCUCCUCAGGGCCAAGGGCGAGACCUACGAAGAGAUCGUGGGGCUGGCGAACGCGAUGCUGAGCUGCUGCGUCCGGGUUGACGGGCUGGACGACGCCGUCGACAUUGUCGGCACCGGCGGCGACGGCGCGGACACCGUCAACAUCUCCACCGGUUCCACCAUCCUCGCCGCCGCGGCCGGCGCCAAGGUCGCUAAGCAAGGGAGCAGGGCGAGCUCGUCGGCGUGCGGCAGCGCCGAUGUGCUGGAGGCGCUGGGGGUCAACAUCGAGCUUGGACCCGAGGGUAUUAAACGGUGUAUCAAUGAGGUGGGCGUGGGGUUCAUGAUGUCUGCAAAUUAUCAUCCUGCAAUGAAAAUUGUCAGACCUGUGAGGAAGAAUCUGAAAAUAAAGACAGUUUUCAAUAUCCUUGGUCCUCUAUUGAAUCCAGCAAGGGUGCCUCAUGCUGUUAUUGGUGUUUACCAUGAGAACAUAGUUACCAAGAUGGCUAAGGCUGCACAGAAAUUUGGCAUGAAGAGAGCAUUGGUUGUCCAUUCAAAGGGUUUGGACGAAAUAAGCCCACUAGGUCCUGGAUAUAUCCUUGAUGUUACUCCAGGAAAGAUUGAAAAAAUGCUCUUCGAUCCAUUGGACUUUGGUAUUCCUCGCUGCACAUUGGAAGAUCUAAAAGGAGGUGAUCCAGCAUUUAACGCAAAAGUUCUUCAGGAUGUUCUUGCUGGUCAAAAAGGGUCGGUUGCAGAUGCGCUUGUCCUGAAUGCCGCAGCCUCUCUUCUUGUCUGUGGUAAAGUCAAGAAUUUACAUGACGGUGUUGCACUAGCACAAGAGACACAGCGGUCCGGGAAGGCCAUUAAUACACUUGAGUCUUGGAUAAAGAUUUCGAAUAGUUCCAAGUGACUGAGCGAUGCUGAUUUGCAAUAGAAGGAUUUCUGCAAUAAGGCGAGAGGAAUGGUGGCAAAUAAGGACUCACCAAGUCCAUCCGUCAUCCAUGUAUUAUUAGGUUUUUUCUUUUUUCUCCCAUUUGUUCAUGAUCGGCCGUGUCACAACAAUAGAUGGCUUCUAGUCUGGUUUAUGUAUCAGCGGUGCUGUUGUCUCGAGAAAUCUCCAUCAAGACGGGAUUGUAAGGAUUGUAAGUUCUGCUUGACCGGGGUAGAUGGACAUAGGUUAGAUGAUGUGAUGCCGCAUUACAUUCGGAAGCGAUUGGAAAUUUUGCAAUGCGCAUCAACCUGAAAGAAGCUAGCUCUGCGGGCAGUUCGUUUUUUUUCCGCAGCCGAAAGCUUGUUACAUAAGGAAAUUGGAGCAUGUGUCCUUAA